GUCAACACACAUAGAGGGAAACACGGGCAAAGAGAGUCGAGAGGAGCUGAAGUCAGUGCAUCUGCUCCUGAACUCCUCUGUCCCAGCAUGGCUCUGUCAGGAUCUCAAUCACCGGAUGAUGCUUUGCACGGCUCUUGGGUGGAGCUGGAGGGUCUGGUGGCUUCUGCAGGUCAAACAGAAGCACAGGACACCACAGCCUCCUUCCUGCAGGAGGAGCUGGAGAGGAUUCUGCUGGAAGCUCAGCUGGAGUGCGAGAGGAGUAGUCAAACAGAAAGUCCUCCGCAGGUCGUGACCCCUAGAACAUCUGGAUCUCCCAAACCAGCCAGUGAGGGCAGCAGCAGCACAGAUUGUGUGACUAUACAGUCGGAUGAGAAUGACAGGCGAGUGAGUGCUGAAUGGGUGUGGGAUUGGUCCAGUCGGCCAGAAAACCUCCCGCCCAAGGAGUUUGUGUUUCAUCACCCGAAGCAGUCUGGCUCUCUGAGCGUGAGGAAGACUGAGGUGAUGAAGAGGGGUUUGUUUUCUUCAGAUGUGCUCCUCAUCCUCCUGCCCUCUCUGCUCGCCUCACACGCUCUGACGCUGGGUCUGGGAAUAUACAUAGGGAAACGGCUGGCAUCCUCCUCCACCUGCACACUGUGACGUGACAUUUGGCAGCUCACCGAUUGGCUGAGGCCGCUGCCAUUAGCACUGCUGCCCAAUCACGCCUCUCUUCUCCUCCUGUGAUGGGCAACAGCCUCUUCUGCCUCUGUCUGUGUUUGUCCUGUUUCACCACAAGACUCUCUUUCUCUGUCUCCAUGUAUUUAAAGGGGUUAUAGCUAUCAUGAGGAAUCAAAUUGUCCUUGAUAUUUUUAGAUAAAAGAGCCUGAUGUUCCAUGAAAGUAUACGUUUCAGAAUGAUAUACAUUUCAGAACUCAAAACUUUCUUACCAAAAGGAGUAUUUAUUGAAAAUAGGCUAUAACGACUUAUUCUGAACUCCUCUGAAGACGUAAAUUUAAGAUUUAUGUAUUUGAAUUGCACAUAAAGUUAUCAUUAGUUUGCAUUAGUUUUUAACUUAAUGUGAUGUGUAUGUUUCAGUCAAACAUGAAUUGAAACCAGCAAGAUUUCUAUAAUUGUACUAAACUGAAUGUGUUAAUACACAAUUACCAGUUUUAUAUAUUUAUCAUCAAUAAAUCCGAUUUGUUUCAAUCUCAUACAUUCUGACUAAAUGAAUAUUGCUUGUUCCAUAGCUAGCCAUAUUUUAACCAUGUAUAUACUUUUUAAGUGAAUCAAUUUAAUUGUUUGAACAGCUUUAUGCUGAUUCUAAGCAAUUUGAAUACAUUUUGAAAAUAUGAUUGUUUAAAUAAAAUAGAUGCAGAGAGUGAAUAAUAAAAUAAUAAUGAAGUGCAGAAAUCUUAACUGUUUCUUAGCCAUUUCAGUUAUGUAUGGCUGACAAAUAAUCAAUAUCACAUUAAGUUUAUUAGUUUUUUUUGUCAAAGCUGUGUAACCCAAAUGAACAGAAAUUUUAUAUGCAAUUAAAAUACAUGAAUAUUAAAUACUUAAAAAUUAGGCCUAAAUAUUUUUGAUGUCAGACUGAUUAAUACGUUAUCACAUGAUUGACCAGAAGAGUCAAAACAGGUCAAAACUGUUCAUGCAAAGAAAAUUAGGAUUGCUAUUUCUGCACAAAAUUAUAAGUGGAGCUCAGGGAAAACGUUAUGUAUGAUAUGACCCCUUUAACCCCAUGAGAGUGUCUUUUUAAGACUCUAAAUCUUUUUGUAGUUAGGACUGUGUCCACAUGCGUGUCAGGUCUAAUACAGUACAAUUACUACAGGGAACACAGAAACAGUAAUGCACUGAAAUUUAGCUGAAAGAGUGUAAGAGAGGAGAAAACUGACAGUGAGCGAAGCAAAUCAAAUGCAAGACAUACAUGCAGUUUGAGACGGAGUUUAGUCUUGGAUAGUGUAUGACUGAAUCCUUUCGUGUUUGUGUGUGGAGCAAAAUAAUGUGAAAAAUCUCAUGUUGCAGUAACGUGUUUGAGAUAUAGAUCCAUUCCAUGUUGUAAUGUGAAGUUAACUGGAGUUCAUCAGGUUAUCUGGUCAGAUUAAUCUUGUUUGUAACGACUCUACCACAAUAAAUGUCACUCUUA